AUGGAGGAGAUGUCGGGGUGUAGGGACGGCAGCCAUAGUAGGCCUCUAACGAAGCAAGCCGAGCUGCUGGCUUUUCGUGGGAGGCAUUGGAAUGGCUCAGGCGGACCAACCCUUACAGCCGUAGAAGGAGCUGAGGAGGAACCUGCAGCUGCCUUGUUAAGAUUGACGCUGCUUCAGCUUCAGCGUGCACUCACGCAGAAUGCUUCUCUCUCACAAGCCCUCCACACGGCCCUCAGAGGGGAGGCGAACACCUGUUGCAUCCUGCAGCAGGUGCAGCAACGGCUGCAGCAGGCUGCAACCGAUGCAGCAGCGGCAGCCGAAUCGUCUAGGGGGAUGCGAGAGAAGGAGCUCGAGGCAGCGAGGAAGGAGGUGGAAGCACUGCGAACUCGUCUGGCCGCUGAGAGCACUCAGACACAAAAACUCUUGGCAGAUCAAAAGGAGGUGUCACGGAAAGAAGAAGAGCGUGCUGCUGUAUCUUCCCUUGAGAAGCAGAAAGCGGAUGUGGAAGCUUCGCUGGCAACGAGGGAGAAUGAGCUGCAGGCCGUUCGAGCUGAGGCGAAGGCUUUAGCAGGGCAGGCGCAGGAGUUACGGGAGGCGUUACAGCGGCUCAGAGAGGAAGCGACGCAGAAGGACUGCUUCUUAGAGACUCAGUUGGCAGAGAAGGACUUGCUCUUUCAGCAGCAACUCAAGCAGAUGGAGGAACGUGUGCAGCAGCAGCAGGAGCAGUUGCAGCAGCAGCAGGAGCAGUUGCAGCAGCAGCAGGGGCAGUUGGAGCAGCAGCAGGAGCAGUUGCAGCAGCAGCAGGAGCAGCUAGCCAAGACGGCUUCGCAGCAGCAAGAGAAGUUGGCGCAAGUAGAAGAGCACCACAAAAAGGCUUGCGACAAGGCCAUUAGGGAAGUGGAGGCGGAGGCAGCGCGCACAGUGAGGAAGCUCGAGGAGCAGCUGAAGCAGCAGACAGUUUCUAGCGAGGAGACAGCAGCCCUCUUAGCGCAGAUGCAGUCGGAGGCGCAGGCAAAGGAGGCGGCACUGGAGGAGGUGAGGCGAGUGGCAGAGGAGGAGAGGGCAGCCAAGGCGGCUCAAGAAGCAGCACGCGGCCUUUUAGAAGGCAAGUCGGCAAGCGGAGACGUCCAAGUUGCAGCACAGGAUCCAGGAGGUUCUGAAGGAGCUGCAGACUGCGAAGCAGCAGCAGGCCCAAAGCGCGGAGACUGCGCGGCAAGCCAGCGGGGAGCUAGAGACUGCGCACCGUUUGCGAAGGCAUUUGGAGCAGAAAUUGCUGCGGAUGCAACUCGAAAGCCACCGGACGAGUCGUCCUCAAGCCACACUUGCUGCCUGUCCCCCACUAGAGGGGCCCCCUCUGGCGACCUGUAG